AUGGACUUCUAUUUAGCAGGAAGACAGAAUUAUGUCUGUGACAAAGUUACUCUUGGUGGACCGUUCACAGAUAUCACUCUUCCUCCAGAUUUCAAGAUAUUAACCAAAGAGCUAAUUUCUCAGAUGAGAUACUUUGUAACGUACUUACCAGUAAUAGAUCCAAGAAGUUUUCCAUUGAGAAAACUUUUCACUCAAAUCGAAGAACCUGCACACUUUGACCAUCCCAUUCUACGAUCAGUUGACGAACUCGAAAUAGAAGAUGGAUACGAUGGAAUGCUUCCGUUCAUUGAUGAAAAUAUCACGAGUAAAACGGUGGUUUUUUCUUCUUGUGAUGUUCCACAUGAUGAUGUUUUGAAAUUGAUAAGAAACUGGGAGAAGAACGGUAAAGAGUUGGGAACAACGUACAAAUUCGACGACUACAAAGCUGGUUCUCAAAUGUCUACAAUGUGUCAAUUGAAGAAAAAGCUCAGUGAAUUCAAAAACAAACGAUACAAUGGAACCACAGAAUCUCCAUUUCUAAUCAUCCCAAUCGAUAACACAACUUCCUGUAUUAAUGUAUACAGUACCGGACAAACUGAAGAAUUUGAAACCAUACUCAAAGUGGAACAUGCGAAACAAAAAAGACAAAAAAAACAAAGAAGUGAAGAUGCGCCUGUUACUUGCAAGAAGGCAAAAAGAUGA